UAUCGCUAAUGUUUGAUAGGCGCUUCUUAGCGGUUGCAGAUGUGUCGAGAUUGACGUAUGGGAUGGAACACACGACCCAGAAGACACAUCAGAUGAUGAUUCCAGCAGCGAAUCCAGCUCCGACGAGGAGCAAUCAACGUACAAAAAGGCCAUGAAGGUGAAAAACAGCCUUGCGCGUUACAAUUCCGUCUCGAAAAUUGAAGGCAAAAUCGGGGGCAAGGUGAACGGUUUGCUGGGUCGUAAGCAAACUAACACUGAGGCGCCUUCAGGUAGCAGUGAUUCUACCGCUGCUACUGCAGCCACCACAUCCCAAGAUCCGGCCAGUCCGGAGCCCAUGGUUCUCCAUGGUCAUACUCUGACCAAAGCGACGACCUUUCGUGAUGUUUGUUCUGCCAUCCGCGAUAGCGCCUUUGUCGUGACUGAUCUGCCCGUGAUUAUCAGUCUGGAGGUGCAUGCAGGUCAUGAUCAACAGCAAAUGAUGGUGGACAUCAUGGAGGAGACCUGGAAGGGAUACCUAGUAGAAAUUCCAACAGAGACAGAACCUAUGAAGAUUCUUCCUUCUUUGGAGAAAUUAAAGAGGAAAAUCUUGAUCAAGGCAAAAUGGGCGCCGGCCAACCCUGCUGAACAGAUCGGAGAAGAUAUCGAGAAUUUCAUUGAAGAGCGCCAGCCCAUUGAACGACAGCAAAGCCAAAACCAAGAGGCUGGGGCGAACACUCUGACGAGCAAAACAGCUGUUGCACCUGCUGCGCCUGCUCCAACUGCUCCAGCUGCUAGAUCUGCUGUGCCUGCUGCACCUGCCGCACCCCCGAAGAAGCCUUCCAAGACCUUACAUGCCCUCAGUCGAUUGGCCGUCUAUACUAAAGGAUUCCACUUUAGCCAUUUUGAGCAGCCAGAGGCCAAGAUGCCCGACCACGUGUUUUCUUUAUCUGAAAAUGCAGCCAAGAACGCCCACACGAAGGAGCGCGAGGCGCUGUUCAAUCACAACCGAAACUUCUUCAUGCGCGUCUACCCGGGUGGCCUGCGUGUGAACUCAUCUAAUCUCGACCCGACCUUCUUCUGGCGCACUGGUGCUCAGAUCGUAGCACUCAACUGGCAGAGCCUGGACAAGGGCAUGAUGUUGAACCACGGCAUGUUUGCGGGCGAGCAGGGCUGGGUUCUCAAGCCCCAAGGCUACAAGAGCACCGAGACAAAGCCAAAUGCCCUCGUCGAUCGAAAGUUGGAUCUGACAAUCGAGGUCCUCGCAGGCCAGGGCAUAUCCUUGCCCCCCGGGCACACAAAGGAGAAGAGCUUCCAUCCAUACGUGAGCUGCUCCUUGCACGUAGAGCAACCGGACGAAGAUGCAACCAUUCCCUCCGAGGACGACAGCACAGACGCUGAAAAGACUAGUUAUAAGCGUACCAUCAAAUAUUCCACAGGAUCUAACCCCGACUUCCGUGAACAGAAGUUGCAGUUCCCGACUGUCUCCGGGAUUGACGAGGAGUUGAGCUUUGUCCGGUUAGUAUUUCUCAUUUUCUUUGUCCUCUCUUGCUUUGUUUGUUCCCUCCUUCCACUCAACCAUCCUCGUCAUACCUCAAACCGGACCACAAAGAGAUGGGUCAAACCAAUUAGCGAGAUCCCUGCAUUCCGAAUAUCUCAUACGUAUCCCAUAACCCACAACAUGACACCUGCAACCCACCCAAGUCCCAACUCCCCGUUUUUCUUUCACCCUUCUUUUUCUUUCUUUUUCUCGGGCCAUUUCCGUCAAGCUCCACUACCCAGCAUAUCAAAUCAAUCAAUCCGUCAAUCAAUCAAUCGAUCAACCGGCUAACAGACACUAGAUUCAAAGUCAAAGACGACGCAAUCGGUAGAAACGCCACGGCCUCAUGGGCCUGCAUCAAACUCGAUCGUCUGCAGGAGGGCUACCGUAUUAUCCACCUUUAUGACCCUGUUGGCCAGAAAUCCGGUGGCGCUCUGCUGGUAAGAAUCGUCAAGGACAUUCAC